CUAAUUAAAAGGAUUAGAGAUUGCCUAUAAAUUAUUAAGGUAAAUGAAAUUGGAUGUAAAAAAAUUAAAAAAUGAAGUUUUAGUCUAUUACAAAGAUGGGUACAUAUUAGAAGGUGUAAAAUGAUUUAAAAGUUUAAGGAAGAAAAAUUUUAGGAGCAAAAAAGGAGAAAAUAAUAUAUAAUCUAGAAUAAAUGGAAUAUUUGAAAUUUGAAGGACAAUUAGAGCAAAAGGCUUAACAAUUAAAAAUUUAAAGUAUUUUUGGAAGGGAAUAUAAAUUGGAGGGGGUAGUUAUAAUAUAACGAGAUAAAAGGAAGGAAAGAGGAUGAGAUAGGCCAGAAUUAUUGGGAGUAAUAAUAAUCAAAUAAUUAUAUGCUUAGUGAUUACAAAGUCUUAGAAGUUGGUAGUUAUUCUAAAAGACAAAGAAUAGGAG